AUGUCGGACUUCUUCGAGGGUUUCCAGCAAGUCAUCGGCCCCUCACUAUCGCAGCUCGGAGGGGAAGAGGGUGUCUAUGGUUCAGAUGGCGGUCUAGUCCAGAGGCGCCUCUGGCAAUAUCGAACACAGAAAAUCUCGGCUUUCGUGGCCACAGGUAACUUGCAUCUUGCCGCUGUCCUGUUGUCAUGUGUAGUAUUUCUUGCGUUCGGCCUGCGUUAUGCGGCGUGUGCCGGCAGGUCAAAAUCUCGGAUGCGAACAGAAUCACUCAAUGAAGAUCUGCCCAUUAGGGUUUCUUUACCUUUUGCAUUGUUGCAUCUGGCUGCUGCAAUCGCUGCUUGUUGUCUCGGCUGGAUCGAUGCACAACAUACAGAGAACUGGAAACAAGCGAUCGCUGUGAGCUAUGGGGUCUUACUGAGCUUGAUGCAGUUUUGCUUCAGCAAUGAGCGUACUCGCACUCACCUAUAUCGCCAUGUCAAUGCAGUGGCUCUUGCGAUAUUCUUCCUAGCGUGCGUCCAGGAUUUGAUUCCCUUGUUGAUUGUCGGGGCGACAUCUGGCCUCAGUGGGAUCAGGGGUGGCCUCAUAGUUUGCCUGGCUGCUGUGUUGAUAGUCGCAGCUGCGACACCCAGACCACGCCGUUUGUUUGCUGCUGAUCCAGAAAACGAGGAAGCGAAAACGGUCCAAGAGGUGUCGCCCGAAGAGACCUGUUCUUUGUUCUCAUACUAUUGCUCGUACGAAUGGCUGACAUACGUGAUCUUGCGAGGCUGUCGGAGGGACCUAACGAUGGAUGACCUCCCUCCUUUACCCUCGUACGAUGAACCCUCUAAGUGGCUCAAAAAAAUCAAGAGGCAGCGGCUCAAAGGCGGCAAGACUUUCCGAACAUUGUGUAGGUUGCUCAAGACCGAAAUCAAGAGCAUGAUGUGCUGGUCGUCCAUCACGGCAGUUCUGGAUUUUGUCGCACCGUAUUCCAUGCUGCGACUGCUCGCGUACCUGGAAAACCCCGACGAUGCCAUCCUUCAUCCAGCCCUGUGGGUGGCCCUUUUGUUUAUCGGCCCAAUGUCGCGAUCGCUGUGUUAUCAGCAAUACAUCUUCACUGCGACGCGACUUCUUGUUAGAGUCAAUAUGUCGCUGGUACAGGAGAUAUAUCAGACCGCAAUGCGGUCGUACCUCUAUGAUGACUCGAUCGCCGAAGCCAGUACAGAAGAUCGCCCGAGAUCCUCUCGAAAGAUGAGAGAUGCCGCGAAAGGGGCGCCCAAGUCGAGUCAAGCGAACAUAACCAGCCUCAUGUCGUAUGAUGUGGACGCCAUCUACAACUCUCGCGACAUCUUUUUCGUGGUUACUGCAGCCCCAAUAGCCACCACAGUUGCCGUGAUAUUCCUCUAUCGAAUGCUCGGCUGGCCAUCGCUUUUUGGUGUCUCUGCACUUCUAUGUCUGUCUCCUCUCCCUGCCUUGGCCUCUCGCAGGGUGUCACGCAUCCAGAGAUCUGUUAUGCAGGCUACGGAUGUUCGGCUCUCUAAAAUAUCAGAGUACUUGAACUCCAUACGUACGCUGAAAUAUUUCGGCUGGGAGCAUGCCGCAAUGGACUCUAUCAACGAAGCUCGAGGUGUGGAACAACGCCGCCUCUGGAGACGGAGUGUUUAUGCAGCGGCAAUUUCCAUGUCUGGCGACCUGCUACCGAUGGUGAGCUUGCUGGUCAUGUUCUCCGUCUUUGUGCUAUUUACCAAUGACACUCUGCGCGCCGCAACGGCCUUCACAUCUCUGUCUAUUAUGGAGACCUUGCGGUCCCAAUUCGUCUGGCUGUCCAAUAUCAGCCGAGCCUCUGCCCAAGGGGCCGAAUCGCUGCGGCGAGUCGACCGCUUUUUCGAUACAGCAAUGGAAAUCAAACAUCACCCCGAAGGACCAUUGGAGCUCAAGAAUGCAACGUUUCGCCGCACCCCGAUUGCUGCUUUCAGAUUGCAUGAUGUUUCAGUUCGCUUCAGACCACGCGCCCUGAACGUAGUGACCGGUCCCACCGGCAGUGGAAAGACUUCUUUAUUACUUUCGUUGCUGGGAGAAACUGUGCUCGAAUCUGGAACGGCCUCAUGCCCACGAGACGUGGCUUAUGUGCCACAAGCUCCUUGGCUCCAGAAUGACACCAUUCGUGAAAACAUCACCUUCUUCAGCCCAUUUGACAAAGCUCGGUACAACGCAGUGAUCGAAGCAAGCGGGUUGGUUCAAGACCUCCGACAGCUGCCGGCUGGCGAUCUUACCGUCGUGGGCGAAAAGGGCACAUCGCUUUCCGGUGGUCAGAAGCAAAGAGUAUCCUUGGCGAGGGCGCUAUAUUCGCAGUCCUCCACCCUCCUGCUGGACGAUAUCUUUUCUGCGCUUGACACUCAUACCACUACACUGGUUUACGACAAGUGCUUUCGCAGUGGCUUGCUCUCAGAUAGAACGGUCGUUCUUAUCACGCAUUAUCCGGCCGCGUUGCAGGAUGCAGAGCUGCUUGUACGGCUCGAUCAUGGCAAGGCAUCUACGGAAGAAACACCUUUGAGCCUCCCCCAGACCCUUCUACAGCGUACGGGUUGCAGUACACCCGCAACCGACACAGAUUCCGUAACCUUAGGUACGCCGCUAAUAGUAGAGGAACCCUAUGACGCCCCUUCGGAGCCUACAACCACUAUUGCCCCGGCACAUGAGCAGCAAAGUCCGCAGGUAGGGCGCAUAGCAAAGGAAACAUCAGCUACAGGGCGUGUGCCGCGCACUUUGGCCUUACAAUAUAUGCUCCUAUUCGGCGGGCCUUGCUACGCACCCAUAGCAAUGGCUGUGACUAUCGCAGUGCAAACCGCCUACUUCGCAAUCACCUACUGGCUCUCUAUCUGGAUGGGUGCAUACGAGAAGUACGAGAACCCAAACUCCCUCUACUAUCUAGGGGUCUAUGCCGCUGCGAUCAUCCUCUUCCUGCUACUGCAGCUCACUGGCAAUCUCCUCUAUCAGUACGGGAGCUGGACAGCGGCAAAGAAGAUGCACAGGCGAUUAGUGACGGCGGUACUAUCGGCUCCCAUCUCCUGGUUUGACCAGAAUCCCAUCGGACGAUUGAUCAACCGCUUCGGCAACGACACCCGCUCGCUAGACACCGUGCUGAUAGACUGGCUACGCAUGUCAAUCGAGAACGGGCUGCGGUUCCUGCUGCGCAUUGCCAGCGUCGCCUCCAUCAUGCCUAUAUUCGCUCUUCCGGCUGCUGUCAUAUGCACCGUCGGGUUCUUCAUCGGGGAGAUGUACACCCGCACGCAGGUGUCCAUCAAGCGGCUGACAUCCAUCAACUACUCUCCCGUAUUUUCACAUUUCACCGACUCGCUUUCCGGCCUGUGCGUCAUUCGCGCCCGCAAGGACAUGGACCUGGUGUUCCAGAGGCUCCUUGCCGAGAAGCUGGCCGUCCAUGCCCGCUCCGCGGAAACACAGUACAACUGCAACCGCUGGAUAUCCGUGCGAUCCGACUUCUGUGCCGCAUCCGUCGCCGCCGCCGCGGGCUGCGUGGCGUACUUCUGGUCCGGGCCAGCAGGGCUCGUCGCUUCUCAUUGA